AUGGUCGGGUCUCCAGCGUCCCCAACUCCCUCUUCGCCUUCGCAGUCUCGACCGAUGAGCGCCAUUCUACGACCCGCGCGAAGCUCUAGUCGCAUGAGCAUCAGCAGCAGGCCUGGCGGAAGUAGGGCUUCUGAUGAGGAUGGCAGGACAUCCGUCAAAGUUGCUGUGCGCGUGCGACCACCACUCCGAUCAUCCGAUCCCGGCUUCGAAUUGAUCCCUCAGCGGUUCCAGAAGGGAAUGGUACAUGUUACGAGCCCCACGAGUUUGGCUGUAGACAGUCCGCAGGGCAGAAAAAUAUUUGUUUUCGACAGGGUUUUUGGGCAGGAUGUAAACCAAGACGGUGUUUGGGAAUACUUGGAAGAAAGUGUGCACGCGUUUAUUCAAGGGUACAAUGUUUCUGUCCUGGCCUAUGGCCAGUCAGGUGCGGGAAAAUCAUACACUAUGGGAACUUCUGGCCCUGAUGAGCAGAGUGACCAUAAAGUUAUGGGGGUAAUUCCAAGAGCUGCUGAGGCUCUUUUCGAAAAGCUUGGGACUAGCGCACCAAACCCGCGGGACUCGAGAUCUGGAUUGAGAGCGCCGGCAAGAUACUCAUCGCCGGUUUCGGCAAUGCACAAACCGACCAUCGAAAAAGGAUGGACUAUGAAAGCUAGUUAUGUAGAGAUAUAUAACGAACAACUACGGGAUUUAUUGCUUCCAGAGGGAACUAGGCCGGAGGAAAGGGUUCCUAUCACAAUUCGCGAGGACACCAAAGGCAGAAUACUUCUCACGGGUCUUCACCAAGUCACAAUUAAUACCGUGGAAGAUUUGCUUGGCGCAUUGAACUUUGGUUCCUCCAUCCGUCAAACCGAUGCUACAGCUAUCAACGCGAAAUCUUCACGCUCACAUGCCGUAUUUAGCUUGAACUUAGUUCAGCGUAAAGCUAAAGGGUCUACAGUUAAUGGCGCUACGACUCCAACAAGAGAACACGAGAAGCGAUUUUCAGUACCACUUGACAUGAUGAACCAAACCAGCCAAGAUGGCUAUGUUACUGUGGACAGUAAGAUGCAUUUUGUGGAUUUGGCAGGUAGUGAAAGGCUGAAAAAUACACUUGCACAGGGUGAGAGGGCUAAGGAAGGGAUUUCGAUCAACGCUGGUUUGGCUAGUUUGGGAAAAGUCAUAUCUCAACUUUCUUCACGUCAAGCUGGGUCUCAUGUCUCGUAUCGGGAUUCUAAACUUACGCGUCUCUUGCAAGACUCACUGGGUGGUAAUGCGAUCACCUAUAUGAUUGCAUGUGUCACACCCGCCGAGUUCCAUUUAAGUGAAACCCUUAACACAGUUCAGUAUGCUCAACGUGCUCGCGCAAUUCAAAGUAAGCCUAGAAUUCAACAAAUUUCGGAUGAUGGGGACAUGAAAGCACUUGUCGAACGUCUUCGAGCCGAAAUUGCAUUUUUGCGGGAACAAGUCAAGAGCUCUUCUGAAUCAAACGAUAGAACGCCAUCAAAAGCUGGCCAAGCCCGAUCGGAAAGGUCAAAUGGAAAGGAAAUGGAGCUUCAAAAUCAACUUCUUGAUCUGCAGGAAAAUUAUGGCCUCUUAAGUCAACGACACGCAAGACUCAUCUCGGAGAUCACUAGGGCCCGUGACUGCCAGGAUGCUGCCAAUAACGCAGAGUACACAGAUAGUGCGGAGGAGAGAUUAGCAAGAUCAAAUUCAUUCGCUGAAGCUGUUGAGCAAGUUGUUCUUGAAUAUGAGAAAACAAUUCAGAGUCUCGAAAGUUCGCUUACUAGCACCCGAUCUUCAAUGGCCACUUCCGAAAGUUCGCUGCUCGAGAAGGAAACUAAGCUUGCAUAUAUCGAGACCGUCAACCAGCAAUUGCAAGCCCGUAUUCAGAAGCUGAUGGAUCGAGAAUCAGCUACAGAAAACUACCUCCGCGACUUAGAAAGCAAGUUGGAUGGACAUACGUCCGGCGAGGAGAAGAAUGCUUCUAUCAUUGCUGAUUUACGCAAGGAGAUUGCCAGGGCCAGAGAAAACGAGGUUGGCUGCGAAGAUUAUAUCUCAACGCUAGAGGAACGACUGGCCGAGGCAGAUCAGGAUUUAGAGUUGAUGCGGAGGGAAAUCGAUCGCCUUGAGCAUGUGAUUGAACGUCAGCGCAGUCUUGGAAAACUUGAUCACCUUUUACAUGAGCUGGAUUCUCUUAACGCACAGGGAAAGAAGGAUAAUGUGAAAACGGAGAUCAACGGGGGUGGCGGAAAUGUGGUAGAGCAGGUGAUAGAGAUCAAUGGAAAGCGUUUUAGCGACCCUACCUCCAAGGUCGAAUCGGUGCCAGAGGUUGAUGAGACAUUCUUGGAUACCCCUGAAGGCUCCUCAGAAAAUGGAAGACGAUCACCUCUAUCUGACGUAUCUGAAGCUAAGUCUGAGCGAUCUUACCACCACGGGAUCCCCCAAAUUACCCUUGGGGAACACACUCACGUUGAAUAUCCGCCCCAAAGCCCAGCCCAGUCUCAGUUUGUUGCAGAUAAAUUAGAAUCAGUGCAACAAGAGCUCUUUGACUUGAAAGUCGAACAUGAAGCGACAAUUAAUGAGUAUGACCAGAUGUCUGCAAAUUACGAGGCUGCUCUGCGUGAUCUCGCAUCAAUUCAGGACCAACUUGACGAAAUUCGCCACUCCAAGUCUGGCCCUUCUCGAGAGACAUCACCACCUCCAUCUCCCAACCAGAGACCUACUUCUUUUUUAGUGGACGCGAGGGUGAACGAUUUGAAAGUGGAUGGAGAGGGACAUUCCUCAUCCUCGCGCUCUCUAUCAUCGGAGUUGUCCUUGGCUGGGGAUUCGCAAACCUUGUCGGAGACUACAUAUGAUGAAUGUCCACGACCCCGGGUCAGAGAUGAACCGGAAAUGCAGAGUAGGGAGAGCCGAGCGAGGGAGGAGACUUUGCUCCGAGAGUUAGAGAGCGUCAGGCAGGAGAUGCAGGAGGCUUUGUUAGCUCAGGAGGAGGAACAUAAUCGCCUUCAUAUGCAGCUUCGACAGUCUUUGGAUCAAGUGGCUGAGUUGAGACAAAAAGAAAGACAGAGUGGUGUUAUCUCACCUUCCACCAGUCCGUUCAUCCGCCGGAAGUCGAGCCAGACUCUUGCUGUUCUUGACCGCGCCAACCGAUCUUUCACCAAUCUUCGCAAGAUCGCAACUGAGCACUUUGAAGAUCAGCCACAAGUCUUAGAGAAUUUUGAGUUCAAUCUAGAUGCGGCACUUCGCGAGCUUCAAAAUCGCUCAGAUCGUAUUUGUGAUUUGGAGGAUGAUAUCAAAGGCUUAAAGAAAGAGAUGGAAGCUAAAUCUGCGAUUAUCACUGGACUUGCCCGCGAGAGAUCAAGUAUCCAAUCUUCACCUAUGGAUAUAUCUGUUGUGGCCGUUAUGGAACGCCGGAUCGAAGAGGGCGAGGCUGAGCUAGCAAAAACUCUUGAGAUUCUUGCAACGCGCGAAGAAGAGCUUUCACGAGCCAAGACAGCAUUGGAAACCCGAGCAGGCGAAUCCACAGGAGAUGCUGCAUAUUUCCUGCAGGAAUUGACUAAGGAGCGCACUUUGACCGCUGAGCAGGCACAGAAGAUUGCAGAGCUCCAGAAUGAAAUGGAUAGUCUUCGGGCGAGCAAUGAUGCCCAGGUUGACUCCCUCAAGGAAUCCAGGAACGCUCUUUCGUCUACUAUAACCAUGCUUGAAGGGGAGUUAGCAAGAUCUAUAAAGAAGAUUGAUCAAGAAAAGUCUUUGAAGGAAGCCGUCGAGGAAGAAAAGACUUAUCACCAAGAAAGAGUCGAAUCCCUUCAAAAGACUGUUGCUGAGAACCGGGCUACCAUAGAUCUUCAAUUGGCUCGCGUUGCUGAGUUGGAGCGAGCCCACGCAAACACCAAGCUGCAGAUUGAUUCCCACGACGGUUCGAGCAGUCCUGGACUCAGGGAACAGCAAGAAUUGGCUGCAACACUGCAAUCAACCAUUGCUCAUAACCGGGAAACCAUCGAGCUUCAGCAAGUCCGUCUUAAUACUCUCGAGGCUUCGUAUCGUGAUGCUCUGGAUCAACUGGAGACUCUGCGCGCGAAAGAAGCUCGGGCUACUGCAGCUCUUAAGGUGGCUGAAGCCCGCGUAUCUAACUCUGGAGAAUUUACUGGUGACAACAAUGCCAGGCACGAUGAGCUUCUAGAGUCUGUUCGGAAAGAACUAGAAGAAAGUAAGGGAACAAUUAAAGAACACGUUGCAAAUCUUACGAUACUACAGGCAUCAUAUGCUGAGGCCAACACCCGUAUCGAAACGCUCGAGAAGGAUUUGUCAAUUGCUACACAGGGAUCAGCUGAGCGUGAUGCAGCUAUCCAAGCACUUGAAGCGGAGGUCGCACAGAGCCUGGAGACUAUUAAACGACACGUUGAGACCAUCGCAGAACUUCGGGAACUACGAAGUUUGUCAGAGAAGCAGAUCGAGCAACUCACUGAGAAAGAGACCAAGCACGCCAAAUUUGUAGAGGAUCUCGAACAGCAACUCACAGUUAACUUCGAUAACAACGCGGAGACGGCCAAGAAUCUGGCUGAAAUGACUGCGGAGUAUGAGAAGUUGCAACAAGAGAGAAAAACACUUAUCGAAGAGUCUACAGCUAAGAACACCGAGUCUCAGACGCUUAUUGAGAGCCUCAACAGCGAGGUUUCGAGUCUUCAGACAAAACUCGCAGAAGUUCAAAUGGAACUUCAAGGCCUUGGAGUCACCCGCGCUCAGCGUUCUAAUUCAACUUCCUCGAAUAGCAACCUCAGAAAGAGCACAUCUACGACUUCACUCCCGUCACCACCACCUGCUAUUCCUUUACCCCCUCUUCCCAGCAACGCAGCUCCUCCUCCCUCCGGUGCACAAAGCCCAACUACAGCAUCUAGACGCCCCAGUAAGGAUUACGCCAUAUCCCAUAUGGAAGACCAGGAGGCUCGUAUCAAGACGCUGGAGAAACAAUUACAAGCCGAGAAGGCCUUAACCUCUACUCUAGAAGAGGCACUGACAGAUUGCGAAAAGACAAUGAAACGUCUGACGACGGACCGCGACAGUCUCCAGGUAAAGGCAUCGCAAGUUCAGCAAGAGUUAGAGCGUACAAAGAACGAGUCUCAGACGAGCAGGUACUCCAUGCAAGCUGUCGAGGAAGAACGCCUUGCCAGACAAAAGGCAGAACAGGCUCGAGAACAGCUCGAACAGAGAAUGCAGGCCUUAUCGAAGAAGAAGCGCUCGUUCGCCUGUUUUUAA